CUGGAAGGACGUGACUGAGUAGCCAUCAUUGUAGAGUGAAAGAAUGGCGUCGAGACCAGGUCUUCUCACGGACUGGCCAUGGACACCUCUUGGAAGCUUUAAGUACUUGGUUUUGACGCCGCUGGUUAUCCACAGCAUCUACUCGUACGCGACAAUGCGAGAUGUCGAUUACCUUUUGAUAUUGGCGGUAACGGUGGGGCGGAUUGUUCACAGCCAGAUGUGGAUAAGUUUUGCCCGCUACAAAACUGCGAAAGGAACCAAAAGGAUCGUGAACAAAUCCGUUGAGUUUGAUCAAGUCGACCGAGAACGUACCUGGGACAAUCAAGUCAUCUUCAACACUCUUAUCGUUUACUUAACCAAAGUGUAUGUCUUAGGAACCAACACCAUUCCCUUUUGGCGACUCGAUGGAGUGGUUCAAGUCGCUCUCCUCCAUGCUGGUCCUGUUGAGUUUAUCUACUACUGGUUUCACAGAGCCCUUCACCACCACUUCUUAUACUCUCGCUACCAUUCACACCAUCACUCGUCCAUCGUCACCGAGCCCAUCACUUCGGUGGUACAUCCUUUUGCGGAGCACAUUGGCUAUACACUAAUCUUGGGGAUACCUCUAAUAGCGACUUUGCUAUGCGGCACGGUCUCUGCUGCCUCCAUUGCACUCUACAUAACUUACGUAGAUUUCAUGAACUACUUGGGUCACUGCAACUUUGAGCUAAUUCCGAGAUCUUUCUUCUCGCUUUUCCCUCCUCUUAAGUUCCUCUGCUACACUCCUUCAUUUCACUCUCUCCACCACACGCAAUUCAGGACGAACUAUUCUCUAUUCAUGCCAAUGUACGACUACAUUUAUGGAACCAACGACAAGUGCAGUGACUCAUUGUACGAAUCAUCGUUGGAGGAAGAAGAAGAAAAGCCUAACGCAAUUCAUCUCACCCAUCUAACAUCACUGGACUCAAUAUACCAUCUCCGGCUAGGCUUUGCUUCCCUCUCUUCGCAUCCCCUAUCUUCACGGUUUUACCUAGUCCUCAUGAGGCCAUUCACUCUCAUCAUCUCCUUCAUACUAACUUCUUUCUCUUCUCGAACAUUUGUCUUCGAGAGAAACCGCUUUGGUGAUCUCACCCUCCACUCCCAUCUCCUUCCCAAGUUCUCCUCUCAUUACACGUCGCAGCAGCAAAAGGAAUCUAUCAACAAAAUGAUAGAGACGGCUAUACUUGAAGCGGAUAAAAAGGAUGUGAGAGUAAUGAGUUUGGGGCUGUUGAACCAGGGAGAGGAAUUAAAUGGGUACGGAGAAAUGUACGUAAGGAAGCAUCCAAACCUGAAAAUAAGGAUAGUAGAUGGAAGUAGUCUUGCAGCUGAGGUGGUCGUUCAUAGUAUUCCUGCUGGUACAAGUGAAGUUCUCUUUCGAGGAAAAAUCACAAAAGUUGCUCGUGCCAUUGUCAUUUCUCUUUGCAAAAGUGGCAUCAAGGUGAUGGUGUUACGUGAGGAAGAGCAUUGCGUGCUAGCCGGAUUCAUUGAUGGACAUUGCAAGGAAAAUCUGGUCCUCACAACCAAUUACUCCCCAAUGAUAUGGUUGGUGGGAGAUGGGCUAAGCAAAGAAGAGCAGAAGAAGGCAAGAAAAGGAACUCUCUUUCUUCCUUUCUCUCAGUUUCCUCCUAGUCAACUUAGAAAAGACUGCUUUUACCAUACCACUCCGGCUAUGAUCAUCCCCAAAUCUGCCCAAAACGUCGAUUCUUGUGAGAAUUGGCUAGGGAGGAGGGUGAUGAGCGCGUGGAGAGUUGGUGGGAUAGUGCACACGCUUGAAGGAUGGGAGGAACACGAGUGUGGUCUUGACGUUCCAAUGGUUAAUCCUCCAAGAGUUUGGGAAGCUGCUCUUCGAAAUGGUUUCAAACCUCUGCUUUUGCCAUCUUUAGAGACCAAAUGAUUGCGUAAUUUAUUGAAAACAGUUCGUACUAGAGACCCAAAAAGAGUUUGUAAGAUCAUUUCCAUCUCAUGUCUGUAUGGGGGUUUCGUAAAAAUAUUAGUAAUAAAAAAGUUGAGACACCUUAU